ACCACUGCUUCAGAGUUCAGACGGCCACUGGCCAGUCGUCCUUCGUCCAGACAAAUAGACAAAAUUAUUUAAUAUUAAGUCAAAAAAUCAUACUGUCAAAGCAAAGCUCGAAAGCCAGCGUCAGCCGCCCGGCAGCUAACACUUAGCGUUUGAAGCAUUUUCCCAUAUUUACGAGAGUCGGCAUUUCGAACUUCUGGAGCCCAUGUCCCAGAUAUCGGUGAUUGUCAUUAGAUUAAAAAAAUAUUAAUACGGAUGUUUGCUUUCAGUGUUCAGAUGUUCCAAAUCUAAACCAUAAUUAUUCAAAGCCAGCAUCUAGAGUGAAGAUUAUAAUAAACUUCUCAAUUCCUGUCCUAGACUACUUAAAAAAUAACUGGAAAUACAAGUCAAUAAAAUUAUUUAUAUUUUACUUCAUUGAAUCAUGGAACUUAAUGAUAAAAAUGAACCAUGCACUGUAAACAUACCUAAUAAAAACAUCCCAGAUCAGAAACUAAAUUCUGAUGAUAUGAAAGGUGUCACUGUAAAAAAAAUUGAAAAAAAAUAUGUUAAUGUUGACGAUGAAGAAGAUAAUGUUGACAUCGAUGAAGACUUGACCGUGACACAGAUGGGCAAUAUGUGUAUAUUAGCAGAAAAUUCGCUGUGUGAUAAAGGAGAAGAUGAAUGGUUAAUUGAUGAAGAUAGUGAUCACUCUCUUGAAUCAGAUUUAAGUUUCUCAACUUCAAAGGAAUAUAAGGAAGAUAAAAAUACUAAUUCAAAAUCACCAAAUUUCACCUUUGGCUCUAAAACAAAUGAACCAAUUUCCAAUGUUAAAGAAACUAAAGAAGAAUCACAUUUCCAAAAAGUAUCUCCAGCAAUGAUUAGACAUCUACAACAAUACACUAACUUAACUUUGAACGAAUUAUAUCGCACACCACAUUCAAACAUACCAGGCCCAUCAUAUUCAAGCAGCAUACCAGGUCCAUCAUGUUCAACUAGCAUACCCAGUCCAUCGGGUUCAAUCAACUUACCUGGUCCAUCAUCUUCAACUAGCUUACCUGGUUCAUCAUAUUCAAGCAGCAUACCAGGUCCAUCAUGUUCAACCAGCAUACCUGGUCCAUCUGGUUCAAUCAACUUACCUGGUCCAACAUCUUCAAUAAACUUACUUGGUCCGUCAAGUUCAACCAGCAUACCUGGUCCAUCUAGUUCAAAUAACUUACCUGGUCCAUCAUCUUCAAUCAAUUUACUUGGUCCAUCAUCUCCAACUAGCUUACCUGGUCCAUCAUCUUCAAUAAACUUACCUGGUCCUUCUAGUUCAACAAGCAUACCUGGUCCAUCGUGUUCAACCAGCUUAUCUGAUCCAUCUAGUUCAAUCAACUUACCUGGUCCAUCAUCUUCAAUCAAUUUACCUGGUCCACCAUCUCCAACUAGCUUACCUGGUCCAUCAUCUUCAAUAAACUUACCGGGUCCUUCUAGUUCAACAAGCAUACCUGGUCCAUCGUGUUCAACCGGCUUAUCUGGUCCACCUUGUGAUUUUUCUUCACAUCAAUUUCCUAGUUUACUUGAUGAUGAAGAUUCAGAUGAUAUUAAUUUGAGUAAAGAACAACAAGUAAUACUUUUAAGUAGUUUUUACAAUAAAUUGUUUAUGGCCGAUUGUGGUGAACAAGAGAAUAGUGAACUAAAUCAAGAUAUUGAAAUAUCAAAGUUAGAAGAUUGUGAUUAUGUUAAACAUUAUAUAUCAGAAAACACAAAUUUAAACAUUUCUGAUGAAGAACCAGAAACCGAAAAUACUGAAUAUUUUGUAGAAGACCCUGAUAUUGUUAACCCCGAUAUAAUGUACAAUAUUGAUCUUAAUGAAUAUUAUAAUGAGUUGGAUCUUUUAGCUUUAAAAAUUUUAAAAACACCUGAUGAUCCUACAGGAUUAGUUGAAUACAAUCAAUUGCCUCCUAUUCCUCAAAUUAAACAGACACGUCGAAAAUUUACUACAAAUGAACGUUUUAGAUUUGCGAAUGGUAUUAUGGAAAACGAGUAUCAAAUUGAUCGUGAUGACUGGAAUAAAAUAAUGGUAAAACGAUCUGUAGUAUUCACAGCUCAUGCUGGAUUUAGUAUAGCAAACGAAGAGAGCUUAUAUGUCUUAGCAGAUGUAGCUAUUGAUUACGUAAAAAAAUUGGCUGUUAUUAUGAAAAAACAUUUUGAUAUUCAAGCAAACAGCCCAUAUCCAGAUAGUGUUGAUCCAAUUGAUAAUAGUCUUCAAGAGAUUGGUAUAAAAGGUGGUGUAAGAGAACUGAUUGAACAUUAUGAAAAUGAUGUUUUUGGUAGACGUAUCAAGCUUUUAAAGAAAUGUCAACAUUUGAAAAAGAUUAUUGAUCGUCAAAUCAACGAUAUAAUUAAACCCCAAAAUGUCAACCCUGAGAAUUUUGAAGAAGAAUACUCAACUAACGAAGCAGAAGAAAAUGUUUUAUCGAAAGAAAUGGACACAACAACAGAAGAAGAAAAAACUGAAAUUGAGUCAGGAAUUGAAGAAGUUAUAAUUGAAACACAAUAUUCUACAGAUGAAAAUAUAUUCACAGAUACUGAAAUCGAGCAGAUAGAUCCUCUCUAUGUUGACAGUACAGAUAUUGAAGUGAAGAUAAAUAAUGGUCCAAAAAAUAUUAAAAUUAUAAAAACCAAUGCAAUGAAUAUUAAAGAUGGAAAGAUAAACAGUUCAAGAAUUCUAGACUCUGAUAAUUUAAAGGAAUUUGAUCUUUUAAAACCGUUAGUCAAUCCUACAGAAUAUACUCAAUAUGGACAUUCUGGUAGAAAGGAAAAAAUUACCGAGUGCAAACAAUCUUGUGCUUCAGAGAGUGAUCCUGAUCCUCCAAAACCAGAAAAAUCAUUAGACUUAGGUACUCCGAAAAAAGUAAUGAAAUACCUCUACUCACCAUUAGAAGUAUCACCACAAGUGCAGCUAGAUGUACCUGUUGAAGAUGAAAAUGAUCUUGGACUUAGUAGAAUGGCAGAUCAAUUAGAUGAAGAUUUCGAGAAUUCGUUCACAGACGACAAUGUCCAAACAAUAUAUGUCCAUACAAUGUCUGAUAUUGAUGAGGCAAUGUCUUUGAAUGAUGAUAAUGCUGAUAAUUAUGUUGAUAAUACUGUUCAAAUCAUUCCUGUGGUUAAUGAGAAUGAUGAUUCUGAUUCAAACAUUGAUUAUGAUAUAGUCUCUGUGCAUUCUUUUAUUUAAGAUUUAAAAUGAUGAUGAAAAUUCUAUUAAUCAGGUAUAAACUUAACAUUAAUAUUGCUUAUACAAUAAUUUAUUCUAGACUACAAAAAUAUAUUUAAAGUUCAAUUUUUAAAUAGGUAUUAAGAAAAACUUAAAAAUAAUAUAUAAUUACUAGGGCCCGAAUAUUAUAUACACUAAAAACAUAUAAAUUGUAUUAAAUAAUUUAAAUAAUUCACCUAUAUACUGAACUUGUAUAACUCAUUGACUCAUUGCAUUGCACAUUGUAUUUUAAGUAUUCACUCAUCUAAAUAAUAAGUUAUGAACAAAAAUACAUUUUUAUAAUAUUUAUGUGUGUUGCCUGAGAGUUACAUUUUUUACUACUAAAACUAAGACUUACGUACAUUUUAUAACUUAAAUUCACAUUGCUUUUCUGUAAAAUAUAUAUUCUUGAAUCGAGGGAAAUAUCAAAGAUUUGAAGACGUCAGUACAUACUUAAAGUAUACUAAGCUACUACAUAGGUUUUACAAUACUUUUUUUGUUAUUCUUGUUGUACUUACACCAAAUAUUAUAUUAUUAUUAUAUGAUAUAUAUUGAUGAACUUAUUAUCAAUUGAUUAUUCACAAUAAUCAACCGAAAGGUCAAUGAGUCAAUAAAUAAGUAAAAAUGAUUUAAAUGUAAAUAAUAUGUAGUAGGUAUAAACUUAAUAUUAUUUUUUUUCAAUAUAUGCAUUAGGUUUUAGAAAAAUUCUUAAAUAGAAUAAUAAUCAAAAAUGUUCUAAGUAUUCAAAAAUAUACAAAAUCAAAUUGUACAUACCAACUCAUGAAGCUAAGAUUCAAAUGUAUGUCUUGCCUAGCUUAUUUUUAUACUAAUAAAGAUAAAUGCAUAUAUUUCUGGGCCCUAAUAAUUAUAUUAGUAUUAAGUUUAUGGUUAGAAAAAAUAUGAGACUAUAUUGCUAUUUAUGCAGAAAUUUAUUAUACCUGAAGAAAAUUAUAAUAUAUUUUUUAAACGCCUAAAUUAAAAAAAAUUAUAAUACAUUUAAAAUAUAUUUUUAUUUUUUAUAUAAUUUAUGUUUUAGCUUUUACAUAAUAUUAUUCACUUAUUAAUGUUUAUUUAAUUCAUUAAGAUUUUAAUGAUAAAAUAAUGGUAAAAAUAAUUCAUCUAUU